ACAUCGGCACAUAACAAAUAUAAAAAGCCAAACAGUUUACUGUCAUGACGUUAGCCUGAUGCUGGAUGUUUUCGCUGACACGCUCACCGUCGCUCUCAUAUUUGAGCGAAGCAGAAUUCUGACAUUUCUUCCCCAGUGUCCCGAGCACCUUUACCACUCAAGUCCACCUCGCGGUUGUCGGAUCCAUUGCUGCAUCCCGACUGAUGAGACGAGAUAAGAGCCCUCCUCCUGACGUGACUCGGCGUCUCGUCUGAUGAACCGCUGACCCUUGCGACCGUGAGCGGCGGAGCGGAGCGCUCGCCGAUCGGAGUACUUGCCAGCUGGUUGUUCGGUCUGGCGCCGCCUCCCCCCGGGGCCGGCGUGCGCUCCCAGCAGCCUGUGGUGCCCUGUGCCCCGCCCUCACCGUCACUGCCCGCCAGAGUCCAUGUGCCGGGAGAAGGAACAGUUCCUCCGCCAGGAGCCAUGUGCCUCCCGCACACCAACAGCAUGGACAACAAGCUGCAGGGGGCGGGGCCAGCGGGCGGCGCGUCACUUCGAUCCCGAGGAGGCGGCGUUGCACUUGAACCCUUUAUGCAUCAGGUGGGCGGUCACACCAGCAUGAUGCGCUACGACGACCACACGGUGUGCAAGCCUCUGAUCAGCAGAGAGCAGCGCUUCUAUGAAUCUCUGCCUCCUGAGAUGAAAGAGUUCACCCCUGAGUACAAAGGUGUGGUGUUGGUGUGCUUCGAGGGUGACUCUGACGGCUACAUUAACUUGGUAGCCUACCCUUACGGGGAGAGCCACAACGCGAGCGAGGCGGGGACCGGCGAGCACGAGGAUCGCGAGCCGGUCGAGCGCGAGCAGCCACGGCGAAAGCACUCCCGCCGUAGCCUCCACCGCUCAUCCUCAUCCUCGGAACACAAGGAGGAGCGCGCUGAGCGUCGUGACGCAAACGAUGCCGACUGCUCCGAUAAUAACUUGGCUGAGCUGAAGAGUCCCAGGUCAGAGCAGAAGAUCCACAUGGACCUGCCCUUCCAAAUGCUGGACUGGAACAGCGAACUGAGCACGGAGAAGAUCAGCCACAACCCCUGGAGCCUCCGGUGCCAUAAACAGCAGCUCAGCCGCAUGCGAUCAGAGUCAAAGGAUCGCAAACUCUUCAAGUUCCUCUUGCUGGAAAAUGUGGUCCACCACUUUUCAUACCCGUGUAUCCUGGACCUAAAGAUGGGCACACGGCAGCACGGUGACGACGCCUCUGAGGAGAAGGCGGCCAGGCAGAUGAAGAAAUGUGAGCAGAGCACCUCUGCGACGCUGGGGGUGCGACUGUGCGGCAUGCAGGUGUACCAGCUGAACACGGGCCACUACCUCUGUAGGAACAAGUACUACGGGCGCGGCCUGUCCGCCGAGGGUUUCGGCCAGGCUCUGCAGCAGUACAUGCACAAUGGGUGGGGCCUGAGGCGGGACCUCUUUGAGCCCAUCCUCCAUAAGCUGCACAGCCUGAAAACGGUGUUGGAACGACAGGCGUCAUACCGCUUCUACUCAUCCUCACUCCUUAUAAUCUAUGAGGGAAAGAAAUCUGAAGCUUUCGCUGGUUUGGUCAGCAAGCAGAAGACUCCCGAGGAAGCCCACUGCUGUCUUCCUGAGCCCCUCGCAGCCCCGCCCCCCACUCUGGCUGGCCACACACCGCACGUCGAGGACCCUCUGCCCCAUCCGGAUUCCUCCUCCGCCUCGACCCCCAUCCCAACACCCCGUACGGCCCCUUCCCCCCAGCAGCAGGAGCAUCCCCCCCUGGUGGACGUUCGCAUGAUCGACUUCGCCCACUCCACUUUCAAGGGUUUCCGUGGGGACACGGCGGUCCACGAUGGGCCCGACCGGGGCUACGUUUUGGGCCUGGAGAGCCUUAUCCGCAUCCUGGAGGGUCUGCGGGCUGAAAGCCUGCUGUGAACACUCGGGCGCAAAUGCGAAACUUGAAGUAUUCCGCCAUUUGCCUGUGUCACCACGGCAACAGCCAGGAGGCAGGAUACACCCUCUCACACAAUCAAGAAGACCCCUUUUCCCUGUAAAAGUGACGUAGGUUGGAAUUGGUCGCCUAAAAAAGGGAAUGUUGGUAUGACAAGUUUUACACCCAACACUGCACUUCACCUGUUGGGUCACCCUUCGUUUCUGUGGGGUUUGUUUGAAGGCAAUAUUUUGGCCAACCAGCACUGGUCUGGCAGUUUUCCACUGAAAUUUGAUCAACUGUCGCAAAUUUCCUAGUAGUAGUGAAGAUUUUAAACGGAAUGCCGGCAAGUUUUAAUUUUUUUAGAAUGUGGAAAAUAUUGGAAUCUUCUGUUACAACUCUACCAUUUUUAUGUGGGGAAAGAAAACAACCAAUUUCCUGUCUUUUGUGUUCGUACCAACUGCAAAAUGGCAGCUUUGUGAAAGGAGACAGCAGAAAACCCGGAAACGAGAGUGAAAUUUUACACCCGAUACUUGAUUUAUCCCACUUGUUAAUCGCUCCAGCGAUGAUGUCAUGGAAUCGUCGAAAUACAGGUUAGAUUUUGAAUGCGUAAAAGGGCCGUGAAGGAUGGUACCAAAGGAAGAAGGUCACAUCUGCGGGAUGUUUUCCGCCAUUUUGCCAAUCUCAGCAUGAAACAGCGGUCAGUGCUGUCAGUCAAACGCCUUUGGCCGCAUCUUUGAAAGCAAUAGACUUCUUUUUCUUCUGGCUUAUUCCUCAUCAGGGACGGAGGGCAACAAGACACAGGUGCACGCAAGGAGAAUUUCUGUGCUUUGUGCUCCAUUUAAAAAACGAACACUUCCAGUAUUCCGUAUCCUGCGUACACUGAUGUGCACUAGUUUAGUAUUCCCUACUGCCACAUGUUAUUUUAGUCAUUAGUGCAGUCAUUUCCUCAUUUUACACAAGAGGGGGGGAAGGCACUUUCCAGUGUAAAGACCUCUUUAACUCAUUGGCUGCCACUGAUGGCGAUAGAUGUGUGUUCCAUUGUGACUGGGAGGGCUAGAUAUGAGGUCAUUGUUUUUGCCGUGAGGUGACCUCAAUUUCCACUUUACUGUUCUCAUUUUGCCCCAAGCAAGUUAAUUCAUCAGCCGUGUGUGAGUUAACGUGAACGAUCGCUGCCAAGCUCUUCCAGAUGAAAUUAAUUGGACAUCUAUCGCCGUCAGUCACACCUCUACUCGACAUUGUUUGCUACUGGCGGCGAUGGACAUUCGUCUGGAAGGGCUAGAAGCGAGUCAACAAGUUAACUCUUUUUGCACUGAGUGAACUCAUUUGCCCCCACUCCCCUCCCCAAGUGAGUUAAAUCAUUCACCAUGUGUGAGUCAAUUUGAAUGAUUGCUGCCAAGUCCUCCCAAUCAAAUGAAUUGGACGUCUUUUGCCGUCAAUGACACGGAACCCUAUCACACCCUGCUUGAAAGGACGCACUUCCUGGUUCCCUGUGACAUCACCACGCACUCGUCUCCGGGACCAAUCGGUGAGCAUCCGAGGCCAUAAAAAGUGCUCUCCGGCUCAAAAAAUGGGGGCAAAUGUUUUAUUUUUGGCGGUUUAUUGAGGUGAUAAUUUAUUUUUUUAUUGUACCUUUUACCUGCCUGGGUAAAUGUCUUCUACGUUUCUCUCCCAAAAUGUAAAAAAAAAAAAAGUCUAAAAAGAGAUUAUAUGCUCAUAGAGUGACAUUUCAGGGGAAUAUUUAGCAGUAUUUUACAAGUACUCGUCUGACACUCCAGCCAAACCGCGUGUGUCACAAUUGUAGGGCAGGUGUUGCAUGCACCCAGUCCAAAAUUCUAGACCCCUUAGCUGUGCUCCCCUACAUAUGUGUAUGUUGUCAUGACUAUUACUUGCAUUUAUUUUCUACAUCUGACACAUCCCCAACUGUUUGGUAGAACAGUGACCGUGAGAUUAAAAACUUUCCAGGUUG